CCGUUAAACUAAAAGAAGAAGAAGAAGUGCAUGGAUGAGAGGAGCUGCUGUCAGAUCAGAAAACACACUGAGGAGUAGGCUAAUGGCGAAGGUGGAGCUGACGCCGCUCAGGCCGUGGGACGACUUCUUACCCGGCUCCGAGAGAUUCGCCAAACCGGAUGUGAAGGAUUUGACGAAGUGGAACAACAGGGUGGUCAACAACCUGCUCUACUACCAGACCAACUAUCUGGCUCUGGCAGUCGUCGUCUUCCUCAUUGUCGGGUUCCUGAACCCUCUGGGGAUGUUCACAGCGAUGGCCGUGGUGACUGGGGUGUUCCUGGGCUCCGUGUGGACCGGGGAGAACCGAGCAGUGAUCAACAACUUCAAGAGGCAGAACCCAACAGCGUUUUUGAUCGCUGUCAUGUUUGCCAGCUACCUCCUCAUCUCCAUGCUGGGGAGUGUCAUGGUGUUCAUGACGGCAAUCACUUUACCUUUGGCAUUGAUAUUUGCACACUCUUCAUUUCGCCUGCGCAACAUGAAGAAUAAACUGGAGAACAAGAUCGAGGGCGCCGGCCUGAAGAGGUCACCCAUGGGUAUUUUGCUGGAGGCCCUGGGUCAACAAGAGGAGAACUUUCAGAAGAUCCAGAGCUUCCUGGAGGGAAAACUGAAGGAUUGAAUGGACUUGGAACAGAGCCACACAAAUAUGCACCAAUCCACACAAACGUCCAUCUUUUUGGCCAAAGAUUUUGACUUGUUUCUUAGAUUUAACAAAUGUCUGUAUCCUUUUGUUUAAACCUCUUAAAUGUUUGUUUCCUACA